AGUGCCGAGCGCUCCCUGCUCCCCACCUGCCCGAGAACGGUCAAAGCAGGUGGAGAACGCAAAGCAACUUCCCCGCCCAGGCCCCACUCCGCACCCGGGAAAUCCCCAGGCAGCUACGGUACCGGGAGAAUAAAAGCAAUGGGGACAGCAGGGCGGCACAGCCAGCGCCCGAAGUGACCAGCCGACAGCCCCAGCCAUGAGCUCACGCCUCCUCCUCGCGCUGCUCUUAGCCGCCGUCGCCGCGUCCUGCUGGGGUGCGCCGCCGGCCGGAGAGCUGCGCUGCCGCUGCGUGCGGGCCGUAGCCGAGCGCAUCCCGCCGCGGCGCUUGGUCCAGGUGGAGCUCAUCCCCGAGGGGCCUCACUGCGCCGUACCAGAAGUCAUAGCCACGACGAAGCAGGGCCACACGCUGUGCCUCAGUCCUUCGUUGCCGUGGGUGAAGCUGCUCGUCGCCAGAUUCCUCAGCAGUGCUGCCCAGCGGAGCUGAGCGUGGCGGGAUGCGGCUGGCACUUGUGGAGCACCCUAACGGAGCGUCUUCGUUCCCGGUGGUCUGAGUGCGCGGAUUUGACUGCUGCAACAGGGAAGCGCUGCCUGCAGUUUGGACGUUGAAAAGCACCGCCCUCAAGUUUUGUCCUCUUCUGCCUUGAAAACUUGCUUUCGGGGUGUAGUUCAGGAGAAGACUCACAGAGAUUAUCCUGAAUUCUUUCAGUGGAAAAGCUUUGCCUGGACUCCAGCAUCGGCAAGCCACUGGUGGGGCUCCUUAGGCACGUUAUGUUAUUUUGCAUAGCAUAAUGUCAUAACUUAUAUGAAGUCAUGUAUGUAGCAGCCACUGCACUGAUGAAUGUUUUAUUAUAGUCCAGAAUCCCUUUUGGAACUGUAUGUAUGCAGUUCCUCCGUUCUUCAUAUUUCUGUCCAGCAGAAAACUUGACAGGAGGAAUCCAAUCACUUCUAAACAGCGGUCAUUAACUGUCAUCAAGGUGGGACAGCCAUGUGAUUUCUACACGUCCGCUAAUGGCAGUCUUUCCAAAUGUCAGAGAACAUGUCCUGUAGUUAUUUAUGCGCACUUACUGUGUAGAAACAUCAGCAGCACACAACAGAACAAGUGUAAAAAGUGCCUGUAAAUUAAAUGGAAAACUAUUUUCUAUAUGCUAAUUGCUAUGUAUGUUUCCUAAUUAAAAUUUUUUCCUUUGUUAAUUCUAUUGUUUUGCUUCUUGAAAAUAAACAUCAAGUAUG